AUGGGGUCCUCUCCGCACGAAUAUGCGGGCCAACCCCAACCAGAGGGAAUAGACGUCAUUCAACUACCGAGUCGAGACAGUCUGGACUUCCCCAACACCGACUCUUCCACUGAAAGUGAUGAUGAUGACAGCGUUGAUACUGCCAUCUAUGACGGAGGCCCUGCACAAAGGACACUACGCCCGGCGCCGCUUCUCAUAAACCAUCGCCGCUUCCCACCAGCGGAUGAAGAUGAUAGCGAUCACGACCAUGAUAGCGUCCUCGCCUCAGAUGACGAGAUCCAAGAGGAAAAACCGGUGACAUGGAGCUCUUUGCCCAAAAAAGGGCAGCUAGCUAUCCUGACCUUUGCCCGGUUAUCGGAACCGCUCACUCAAACCUCAUUACAAGCCUACAUGUUCUAUCAACUCAAAUCAUUUGACCCAUCAUUACCAGACUCGACUAUAUCGGCCCAAGCCGGAAUCAUGCAGGGUAGCUUUACUGCUGCCCAGUUCCUGACUGCAGUCUGGUGGGGUCGGCUGGCUGAUACGGAAUGGAUGGGCCGGAAGAGAGUGCUGCUCAUCGGUCUGCUGGGUACUUGUAUCUCGUGUUUAGGGUUUGGAUUCUCUCGAUCUUUUACAGCGGCUAUCAUCUUCCGGACUGUGGGUGGAGUGCUGAAUAGCAAUGUCGGUGUGAUGAGAACUUUGAUUGCAGAGAUUAUUGCCGAGAAGAAGUACCAAUCAAGAGCUUUUUUGCUAUUGCCUAUGUGUUUCAACAUUGGUGUGAUCAUCGGGCCUAUCUUGGGAGGCUCACUAGCCGAUCCUGUGCAUAGUUUCCCAGGGUUGUUUGGUCCAGGCUCUACCUUGGGAGGUAAAGAUGGAGUCUGGUGGAUGCAACGCUGGCCCUAUGCUUUACCAAAUGUGUUGAGUGCGAUAUUCAUUUUCAUGUCGUUACUCGCAGUGUUUCUUGGCCUUGACGAAACACACGAAGUCGCUCGUUACCGUAGUGACUGGGGCCGCAAACUAGGAAAGAGGAUUACGCGUGCUUUUACCAGACGACCUCGACACUACCGCCCCCUUCAGACUGACGAUAAUGCCUCUGUGUACCUCGAUGGCAGCGUGGGGACAUGGUCCGUUCCAUCGAGCCCAGCCCGCUCACGCACGCAUCCUCGGCCUCGCCCUUACAAACGACCUGGCUUCCGACAAAUAUGUACCAAAAAUGUGAUGCUCACUUUGUUGGCACAUUUUCUCUUGGCUUUCCACACGAGUGCUUUUAACGCCAUGACAUUCGUGUUCCUCCCAACCCCCCGCGCCCCCGAAGGCUCUCGCGACGGCUUCUUCCAUUUCGGUGGCGGGUUGGGUCUACCUUCGGCGCGCGUCGGCUUAGCUACGGCCAUCAUCGGUUUUAUCGGUCUCCCUCUGCAAAUCUUCCUUUAUCCUCGCAUCCAGUCUAAACUGGGAACUCUUACCUCGUUCCGUGUAUUCCUUCCAUUCUCGCCCAUCUCCUACAUGUUUAUGCCGUUCCUUGUUAUUCUACCUCGUCUUGUGUGGGUCGUAUGGCCUGCAUUUACCAUCGUGGUUUCCUUACAGGUCAUUUCGCGCACCUUUGCGCUCCCUGCGGCCAUCAUUCUCGUCAAUAAUUGUGUGACCGACCCUUCGGUUCUGGGUACGGUUCAUGGUGUCGCACAGAGUAUUGCCAGUGCUGCUCGUACCUUGGGUCCUUUCCUUGGAGGCUGGGGUCUCGGUCUCGGUCUUGCUAACAAUAUGGUCGGGGUUGUAUGGUGGGGUUUGGCUAUUGAAGCUUUCCUUGGGUGGAUCGUAUUAUGGACUAUUCAUGAGGGUAAGGGGAUAGAGCGACCAAAGGAAGAUAAUACUGAUGAGGAUGAUUGA